ACAGAUUCCUGUAGGCGCCCUUCUCGCCAUGCGCUCUCUCCGGGUCGCAGCCUGACGCACUCGGGGAGGACGGUCCUCCGCUGUCACACCGCCGUUGGAGGGAGGGAAAGAGAGAGCGAGAGAAAGAGAGAGCGAGAGAAAUAGAGGGAGAGGGGGGGGGGGAACUUUACGUGAUUGUGUCUGAGACGCUUUCACCUCAGCAGCCAGUGAACAUACCUCCGCUCCCCUACAUCCGUGUGUGACGGGCAGCAUCGAGAGGAAUUCCCCCCCUAAGGAGAGACAGGGGCUGCAUGCUCUGGAUCCGUUCAUGCCGGAUAAAGUUUACCAGCAGUGUGGUAGAGGAGCGAGGAUAAAGUCUCGGCUGUAUUGCUUUUCGAUAAACUUACUGGGAAGUCCCUUGUCGCCUGCCAACUGAAAUGGGAACCUUACGCGACCUCCAGUACGCGCUCCAGGAGAAGAUCGAGGAGCUGCGCCAGAGGGACGCGCUCAUCGACGAGCUGGAACUGGAGCUCGAUCAGAAGGAUGAGCUUAUACAGAAACUACAGAACGAGCUGGAUAAAUACCGAUCUGUUAUCAAACCGGCGACCCAGCAGGUCCACAAGCAGAACGAUCUGCAUGAGCAGCAGAGGACGAAGAGGCAGGCGAUUUCUGCGGAACCUACUGCCUUCGACAUCCAGGAUCUUAGCCAUGUCACCCUACCUUUCUACCCCAAAAGCCCACAGUCCAAGGAUCUGAUCAAAGAAGCCAUCCUGGACAAUGACUUCAUGAAGAAUCUGGAGCUGUCGCAGAUCCAGGAGAUCGUGGACUGCAUGUACCCUGUGGAGUAUGGAAAGGACAGCUGUAUCAUUAAAGAGGGAGAUGUGGGCUCUCUGGUCUAUGUCAUGGAAGACGGCAAGGUGGAGGUGACGAAGGAGAGCCUGAAGCUGUGCACCAUGGGGCCGGGGAAGGUGUUUGGAGAGCUGGCUAUUCUCUACAACUGCACCAGGACUGCCACUGUCAAGACUCUGACGAACGUGAAGCUUUGGGCCAUAGACCGACAAUGUUUCCAGACCAUCAUGAUGAGGACGGGUCUCAUCAAGCACACAGAGUAUAUGGAGUUUCUGAAAAGCGUCCCCACAUUUCACGACUUGCAGGAAGAUAUUCUGAGCAAGCUUGCAGAUGUCCUUGAAGAGACACAUUAUGAAGACGGAGAGUACAUCAUCAGACAAGGGGCCAGAGGAGACACCUUCUUCAUCAUCAGCAAGGGAAAGGUUAAUGUGACCAGAGAAGACCCGCCCAACGGAGAGCCUGUCUACCUGCGCAGCCUCGGAAAAGGAGACUGGUUUGGAGAAAAAGCACUGCAAGGGGAAGACAUCAGGACGGCAAACGUCAUCUCAGCAGAGGCCGUCACCUGCCUAGUCAUCGAUAGAGAUUCAUUCAAGCACCUGAUUGGUGGCUUAGAGGAUGUUUCCAAUAAAGGCCACGAGGACGCAGACGCCAAAGCCAAGUAUGAAGCAGAGAAUGCCUUCUUCUUUAACCUAAACCUAGCUGACUUCAACAUUAUCGACACUUUGGGGGUCGGUGGCUUUGGUCGUGUAGAGCUGGUUCAGCUCAAGAGCGAUGAAAACAAAACCUUCGCCAUGAAGAUUCUGAAGAAGCGGCACAUUGUCGACACAAGACAACAGGAGCACAUCCGUUCAGAGAAGCUCAUCAUGCAGGAGGCGCACUCCGACUUCAUUGUUAGACUCUACAGAACAUUCAAGGACAGCAAGUACCUCUACAUGUUGAUGGAAGCCUGUUUAGGAGGAGAGCUGUGGACCAUUCUGCGAGACCGGGGUUCAUUUGAGGACUCAACCACCAGGUUUUACACAGCGUGUGUGGUGGAGGCCUUUGCCUACCUGCAUUCCAAAGGAAUCAUCUACAGAGACCUCAAACCAGAGAACCUUAUACUGGACCACAGGGGAUAUGCCAAACUGGUUGACUUUGGCUUCGCCAAGAAGAUAGGGUUUGGGAAGAAGACUUGGACCUUUUGUGGGACGCCGGAGUAUGUAGCACCAGAGAUCAUUUUGAAUAAGGGCCACGACAUCUCAGCUGACUACUGGUCUCUAGGAAUCCUCAUGUUUGAGCUCCUAACUGGCAGCCCUCCUUUCUCUGGCCCCGAUCCUAUGAAAACCUACAACAUCAUCCUGAGAGGCAUCGACAUGAUCGAAUUUCCAAAGAAAAUUACCAAAAAUGCUGCCAAUCUAAUCAAAAAGCUAUGCAGGGAUAAUCCGUCUGAACGUCUGGGAAACUUGAAAAAUGGUGUCAAAGACAUCCAAAAGCACAAAUGGUUUGAAGGCUUUAAUUGGGAGGGCUUGAAGAAGGGGACCUUGACGCCGCCUAUUAUUCCUAAUGUCACAUCAGCAGUCGACACGAGUAACUUUGACAGCUUCCCAGAGGACAACGAGGACCCGCCUCCAGACGACAACUCCGGCUGGGACGUUGAUUUUUGAAGUCCUCCUCUCUCACCCUUAAACCAAAAGGAACUCUUCUUUUGUUGGCUUGGAGGCCAUCAUGGGGAACAUGGCUGUGUUGUAAAAAAAAAAAACUGCUUAGAAACAAAAGAGAGCAUAAGGAAAAGAAGAUAAAUGGAUGGAUGGCAAACCCCUCUGGGUCACCGAUAUGCCUUUAUUUCACUGUGGCUCUGGAUCAAGCAUUUAUAACGGGACUGCUGUAGCACUUCUUCAGUGUUGUCUUACACUCGACUCUAAAGGAAAAGGAAAGAAAGUGCAGGGAUACACACAUAUACACACACACACACACAACAGAGGCUGAUAAUGGAGCCAGUUUUCCAUGUAACAGGGAUUUAGUGAGUGGAUGAACGUUGGGUAGUCUAACUUUUGAUUUGAAGAUAAAUACGAGUAAGACAACUGUGAUAACGGACUGUUCAAAAAGAGAGGAGGCUGACUUUUCAUUUUACUUUCUGUGUUUGUUUCUUUGCAAUGUUUGGGUGAAAUAUUUGGUGGACUUUGGGAGGAUUUAAGAUGUGACUGCAGUUGCUCUAUUUUUUGACAUGCAGCUGCUCGCUGCAGCCUCUGACAGUCUUCUGAGAUCUACACUCCACAGUUUGCAAGUAAAACUGGUACCAAGUGCUCAAGACUAAUCUGAAUGUCACUGAUUUAUCUUCUUAUUUAACAUCCAUAGUGCAAACAGCAUGUACGGUACAAAGUAUUUGAAUUUACAAACAACACACUCUCACAACUCAAAUACUUCAUAUACCUACCUUGAAAAGCACAAACACUGUGCAGUCAGUGGAAAGAGAUAGUCUUUAAGUGCCCUGCUUGAGAUUUAAUGAAUCACACACCGACACACAUGAAAUGUCAGCUACUAUUUCCAUGAAGCAAUGUGUCAUUAUGCACCAAGACCAUUAACUGGGGAAACCAUGAGUACGAGCUUAUUUAAACUUCAUUUUCUGUUCUUUAAAAUGCUUUUAAUCACACGUACGAAUGCUUCAUCAUCAAGAAACGUCUUUAUUUGUCUUUAAAUCACCUGAAUGCCUCAUCCUCUGUUUGCUUCAGACAUAACUGUGAACAUGGUUUCAAUGUCUUUGGUGCUGUUGUUGAUAAAUUAUGAUAUGUGAUGGCGAGAUGACAGUACUGGUUAUUGUUUUCGUACAGUGAUUCUUUUUGUGCUUGAUUUCUUUGUAAUGUACUUCUUUAGAAAAUUGGAGACUUGUGUCAGUUUGUCAAAUUCAGUGAAAAUUAGUUUGCUAUCUCUUCACACCAUGUGACAUUGUGCUAUGUGGUGUUCCAGAGGUUUUUUUAAACUAUGUUGAAUUCAUCCACAAGAACGAACUAUCCUUUUGGUGGGCAAAAUUAUCACCCUCAUGUGAUCAUAAUACUAUACUGGGUUAGCAUCAUCAUACUGAAAUAUCAUAAAUGUGAAUUCACAAAGGAGAUUAUAUUUUGUAAACUCAGCUACCAAAAUCAUCCCAUCUCACAUCCCAAAGUCAGCGCAUCAAAUCAGAAGUAAAGUGCCUUAAAUCAAUGGCAUACAAAAAUUAACAUCACAAGUCCUUUUCAAUGCUGCAUGAACACAUAUACACCUCAAAAACUGACGUGUCCUCUUAGACGGCUGCUUCUCAUCCUUUGUUAUAUCUAAUAAAUACAUUAACCACCGUGGAAGGAGAAUUUUUAGUCAUUUGAUGGCUGAUAAAUAUGUGAUGAUGAAAUUAAAGCCUUGCUUACACCUUUUGAUUUAUCUCACAGACAGAAAAAUGAUACAUAUAUAUCAUCCCUGAUGUGGCUGCGAUGACGUGCUUCUCUCUGUAUAUCCAAUAUGAGCUCAAAGUCAAACACAAUGGGAUUCAUAGAGGGGAAACAAUAAAUCAAACUUCAGACGUUUCACUCGUGAAAUCUGAGCGUAUAGAGAUGGCAGGAAUGAUUUGCAGUCUUCAUGAAAUUUACUUAUUUGCCACUGUUGACAAUCUAUGACGGCACAACAGCAUUGAUCAUAAAGUGACAUUAUUUUAUGAAUUCAUACGAAUAAUGAAGGAUCUCCUAUUCUAUCCACACAGACUGACAUGCUUACAUUUAUAUCCAUAAAUCCUUAAGUAAAGUAGUCUGAUCAUGAGAAGAAUCUUACUUCUGUGGGCAUACCAUAAGUGUUUUACUGUAUUAAAAGCAGGUUAUGUUGAACACAAAGCCUUAUGUAUGCCAUCACUUUACAAACCACUGGUUUUCAGUCUUAUAUUGAGCGCCUUCUGCAAUGUUACCUGAUAUCUGCCUUGUGUUCUGUUGUUUAUUCUGCUGUACAUUGAUUUUGCAGAGUGCCACGUGUAAGAUUUUUAAAAUUAUAGAGUAAAAACAAUACUUUUGA